AAAUUGCGGAGAAUAACUUAUUCAGCCAACAUAGUAAGGUGCAACAGAUAGUAACCAAGUGAAGAUUCCAUUCAAGAUGAAACUCUUUGCUCACUUUUUCUUUAUGUUGUUGUUCUUGGUGGCCUUUUCCAACAUCCAAGUUUGUUUGGGGGACUGUGAUAAUCUUCAGGACACUUGUCCAGCAGUUCCACCCAAUAAGCAGACCAUAUUCAUCAAUGGUCUUCAAUGCAAAAACCCAGUUAAUGUAACAGCUCAAGAUUUCAGGACCACAGAACUAAGCAAAACUGGCCCUAGAGACAUUUUUGGUGCAUCUUUGAAAAUUGUGAGUGCUGCUGAGUUCAUUGGCCUCAAUACUCUUGGCCUCUCCAUUGGAAGAACUGACCUUGAUGGGAAUGGCCUGGUGAACUUCCACUAUCAUCCUAGGGCUACUGAGAUAAUCUAUGUCACCAAAGGGGUGUUGUUGGCUGGUUUUGUUGACACCAAAAACCAGUAUUUCCAGAAGUUUCUUAAAGUAGGUGAUGUCUUUGUGUUCCCCAAGGCUUUGUUCCACUUCUUUCUAAAUACUGAUUUUGAAGAAGCCACUGUUUUCUCAGUGUACAACAGCCAGAAUCCUGGCUUUGUGUCCCUUAGUCCUACAACUUUUGACACAACAUUGGAGUCAUUGGACAAGAUCAAGAAGAGACUCAUCUCACUCUCUGCCUCUGAAGCUCAAGCUCAAGCUCAAGAUGUCAACAGUUUCAUCUCUCCAGAAUUGGAAACCAUUUACAGUUAGCCAUUUCAAAUUGCGUCAAAUUUUGUUAUUUACAGCAUUUAUUUUUCAAAUAUAUAGCGCUUAUCCAAAAAAGCGCUGUAUAUAUUCUCCAUAACAGCACUUCAGGCAGUACAUAUAUAGCAUUUUUUUAAGGAGAAGCGCUAUAUAUUCUGGUAUAUAUACAGCACCUGUUUGAAGAAGCGCUA